AUGGAGGCAUCACGAGGCCCUCCCAGGGUCAAGAACAAGGCCGCGGCGCCAGUUCAGAUCUCAGCGGAGCAGCUGCUCCGUGAGGCCGUCGACCGACAGGAGCCCGGCGUCCAAGCACCCACACAACGCUUUGCCGACCUCGAAGAACUCCACGAGUACCAAGGCCGGAAACGAAAAGACUUCGAAGACUACGUACGGCGCAACCGCCUGAACCUGAACAAUUGGCUGCGCUAUGCUGCGUGGGAACUCGAGCAGAAGGAAUUUCGACGGGCUCGAUCGAUCUUCGAGCGUGCGCUGGACGUCACACCGACCUCGGUGGUGUUGUGGAUUCGGUAUGUCGAGUCGGAGAUGCGGAAUCGAAAUAUUAACCAUGCGCGGAAUUUGUUUGAUCGGGCGGUGACGAUUCUCCCACGGGUGGAUAAGCUAUGGUACAAGUAUGUGUACAUGGAGGAAACGUUGGGGAAUAUCCCCGGUACGCGGCAGGUGUUUGAGCGGUGGAUGUCGUGGGAGCCGGAUGAGGGCGCUUGGGGUGCGUAUAUCAAGCUCGAAAAGCGUUAUAAUGAGUUUGAGAGGGCGCGGGCAAUCUUCCAACGGUUCACUAUUGUCCAUCCCGAGCCGCGAAAUUGGAUUAAAUGGGCUCGUUUCGAAGAAGAGAAUGGCACCAGUGAUCUGGUGCGGGAGGUGUACGGAGCUGCGGUUGAGAUGCUGGGAGAAGAUUUCAUGGACGAAAAGCUCUUUAUCCAAUACGCCAAGUUCGAGGCGAAACUCAAAGAAUACGAACGUGCGCGGGCGAUCUACAAGUAUGCGCUGGACCGGCUUCCGCGCUCUAAGUCGAUGGCCCUGCACAAGGCAUACACGACGUUUGAAAAGCAGUUCGGUGACCGGGAAGGCGUGGAAGAUGUGAUUCUGUCCAAGCGUCGGGUGCAAUACGAAGAGCAGCUCAAGGAGAACCCUCGGAACUACGAUGCCUGGUUUGACUUUGCACGGCUCGAAGAGACCUCUGGCGACCCUGAGCGGGUGCGUGAUACCUACGAACGAGCGAUUGCUCAGAUUCCCCCAUCACAGGAGAAGCGACACUGGAGACGGUACAUCUAUCUGUGGAUCUUUUAUGCGAUCUGGGAAGAGAUGGAAGGCAAGGACGUUGAGCGUGCGCGCCAAAUCUACCAAGAAUGCCUAAGACUCAUCCCGCAUAGGAAAUUCACAUUUUCCAAGCUUUGGCUCAUGAAGGCGCAAUUCGAGAUCCGACAAAUGAACCUGCAAGCUGCGCGGAAGACCCUGGGCCAGGCGAUUGGCAUGUGCCCGAAGGACAAGUUGUUCCGGGGCUACAUCACACUAGAGCAGCAGCUGUUUGAAUUCCUACGGUGCCGGACACUGUACGAGAAGCAGAUUGAAUGGAACUCGUCGAACAGCCAGUCGUGGAUUAAAUAUGCCGAGCUGGAACGCGGACUGGAUGACGCAGAGCGUGCACGGGCAAUUUACGAACUGGGGAUUGACCAGCCGACACUGGAUAUGCCAGAGUUGGUGUGGAAGUCAUACAUCGACUUUGAGGAGUAUGAAGGAGAAUACGACCGCGUGCGAGCGCUGUACGAGCGUCUGCUAGCCAAGACAGACCAUGUCAAGGUGUGGAUCAACUACGCACGGUUCGAAAUCAAUGUCCCGGAGGAGGAGGAGGAAGAGGAGGAGGAGGAGGAAGAGCGACCCAUCAGCGAAGAAGCCAAGCGCCGCGCGCGGAAGGUAUUCGAACGAGCCCACCGCGUCUUCAAAGAAAAGGAACUCAAAGAAGAGCGCGUGGAACUUCUCAACGCAUGGCGAUCUUUCGAGCACACGCACGGGUCCGGCGAGGACAUCGACAAGAUCGAAAAGCAAAUGCCGCGGCGGGUCAAGAAGCGAAGAAAGCUGGACGACGACCGGUACGAGGAAUACAUGGACUAUGUGUUCCCAGCGGACGACCAGUCGGCGGCGAAUCUGUCGAAGCUGUUGGCCAAGGCGCACCAAUGGAAGCAGGGUCAGUAG